AAAGACACUCCGGUUGAACUUUGAUUUCAGAUACAAUUCGAAUCGCCUUCGUGUCGCUUGUUCUUUUCGUCUAUCGGACCCAGAAAUUUUCAGUUAUACGAAAGAGUCGACAUGAUGGCACGAGCAAUUGAAAUCUUUUUGUCUUUCAGUUUGAUUUUGACUACCAUCUGGGCUUGUAAGGAUGGCCAAGUCGACCAACUGACAGCAAGGCAAGGGUUGGAUGAGUUUCUGAAUGCAAAUUCUUACCCCACCAACCCGUGGGUGUUUCCUUACAACUACAACAUCCAACCACGAUUGCCAUUUGCAGGGUAUGCCAAUACAUACGAAGGACGAACCCCCUCCAACAGAAAGCCACCAGGAUAUUUCGCAAAGGUUGAUGCCGAUUACUACAACGACCAAGAAGGUCGUUUUGGGUUGAGUGGUUUGGGUGCCAAUCUGCUAAACAUUGGCCUGUUCAACAACCGGUUCAAUCCAAGAUGGAGACCAUUCGCCAACCUUGCCAGCAGCUUGGAAGCCUGUACGUCACCCAGUGGCGACGCCGGAAUCUGUACCCCAGGAUCGGUCUGUUCCUUAUUUUCUGGACGGCCUAGCGGCUCCUGUACCCAGGGAAAAGUCUGCUGCGUCAAUGUAGUCAACAGUUGUGGAGGUACGGUGACUUUGAACAACACGUACUGGCAAUCUUCCUCUACUCCGGUUAAUGCCCCUUCCACUUGCGUAAUGACGGUUCGCUUGGACAAUAAACUCGUGGAACAAGCGGCGCCUAUUUGUCAAAUUCGGCUGGACUUUGUUUCGUUCGCGAUCGCCCAGCCAACAGCCGGAACCUGCACGGACACCUUCCAAGUUGGUGGAGCAACGACUGUGGCUCCUACCAUUUGUGGUACCAAUGCCGGGCAACACAUGUAUCUCGAUGUUCCAUCAUCUGCUACUUCUCCUACCGAUGUCCAACUCAUUUUCAAUUUCGCUGGAUCAGCUACUCGUUCAUGGAACAUCAAAAUAGCGAUGCUACCCUGUGGGGCCUCUUACCUAGCACCUCCGGAUUGUCUCCAAUAUUUCACUACCGGAGCAGGUCAAGUCAAAUCAUUCAACUGGCAAGACUCCGAUGCUGCCCAGCAACUUAAUAACCAAAAUUACAACAUUUGCUUCAGGACUGAGCUUGUUGCAUCAGGAGCGAGAGCGACCCAGCUGUGCGUGUCAACUUGUACGACGACAACCACCGGUGUUGGCUUUUUGUUAACUGGUGACAACAGUGGCGUUGCUAAUUUCGGUACAGGUGACGACACAUGUACCUACGAUUUCCUUGCCAUUCCCGGUGGACAGGAUCAAGCGGACCCCUUCGCUUUCUACGAUCGUUACUGUGGCGGUACUAUUGGAAAAAUUUGCACCAAAAUCAGUCCCUUUAGAAUGAGUUUUGGAACUGACGGCACUGAGGAGAAAGUUACUCCUAAUCCGGUUACAAUUUCGCUACCCGCUACUGCUACAAUUGAUAAGGCCAAUACCGGAUUCUGCCUUACUUAUCAAGAACAAGCAUAAACCAGGUGGACAACGCCCAAUGUUUUUAUUUUAUUUUAUUUUAAAGAAAAAUGAACUAAAUUAUCCUGGUGGUGGGUGUUUUAAAUAUUCUGAUAAAAAGGCUAGCAACUAGGUCAUUUUUAGAGAUUUCUGUGCCAGUUGCUUGUUAUUCGAAAUAAUGUUUUUACUUACAGCUUCCUUUUUAGAAUUACUAUACAGACAAAGAGACAAGGAACAAGGGUAAAUUAUAAUCGCACAUCAAUGUAGGUUAUUGGUAGUCGGCUUUUGUAUCACAUCUCCUUCGAAUAAGUAACACUUAUUACCGCAACCCGAAGAAUAAUGGUGUACUUGCGAAUUUCAUUCACUGAACUCACACCCCGUCAUCUUAAGGGAAAUUAUUUGUUUACUGCUGUAUUUUAAUUGAUUUCUUUUGCUGUAUUUCUGCAACUGAUGGAGUUUAGGCACAAAAAAAAAUAAACUUCUUUAAAAGAU